AUGGUUGACGAGCGGAGAAGUUCUCUGCUCAUUUUGACGAAACGAUUCCCAUUGAAAGCUCAAGAGCAACAGAAGCAGAACCCUAAAUCUGCUGAGGAGGAGCAGACAAAGUCUGAAUCUGACGCAGAGAAACAAUCAGGCGAAAAAGAAGAAGAGCCAAAGAAGGAAGAAUCAAAGAAGGAAAAGAAGGAGGAUCCUCCGCCACCGCCUCCUCAUGGCGACAAGACUCCCUGGCAAGUUUUUACUGACACUCUCAAGACCGAGUUUAAAGCCUCAAAAGAAUGGAAUGAGUCUACCAAAGCCUUGGCCUCUUCUGCACACCAGUUUACAGAAAACGAAAACAUCAAGCGCGCUCGCGCCGCAUAUACUGCCGCUUCUGAUGCUGCAUCCACGAGAACUUCUUCCGCCCUGCGAAAUGCUGGAAAAGCUGUCGGCCAGGGUGCGGCAUGGACUUGGGACACCUCCGUUCUUAGAGGAGUUCGCGCCGGCGUCAAUGCCACUGGAAGGGGUAUCGAGAAGGCUACGAGACCCGUUCGUGAGACGGACGCCUAUAAGAAAGCAGUCGGUGGUGUGAAGGACGUCAUUGAUGAUGGAAGCUCUUCCAGAUACGGAGGCUGGGUCGAGAAGGAGGAGCGAAGGAAGCAGAGAGAACUGAGAGAACUCGAGGACAUGAAGGCCGGUCGCCACCGGAGAGCCGAGAAGAUGGAAGAAGAUCCCAAUGCUGGCACCAAUGUUACUCUGCACAAGGACGCUGCAUGGAGAGAAGCCUGGCGGGAUUUCAGAGAUUCAAGUCGAGUAAUGCAGUCUCUGUUCACGAUGAAAGAGACCUACAACGAAUCUGAGAACCCUCUAAUUUCUACCGCACGCAGCAUCUCGGAUCGAGUGGCAGGUUUCUUCGCCGAGAACGAGACAGCCAUGGUCAUCAAGAAAUUCCGCGAGAUGGACCCGAGCUUCCAGCUGGAACCCUUCCUACGCGAGAUGCGGGAAUACAUUCUUCCUGAAGUUCUUGAUGCUUACGUGAAAGGAGAUACUGAGACUCUGAAAUUGUGGCUUUCUGCGGCCCAGUAUCAGGUGUACGCGACGCUUGCACAGCAAUAUACCACUGCCGGUCUGAAAUCUGACGGUCGAAUUCUGGACAUUCGACACGUUGACAUUCUCUCUGCUCGCAUGCUUGAGCCUGGCGACAUCCCGGUAUUCGUUGUCACCUGCCGCACGCAGGAAGUCCACGUCUACCGAAACACAAAGUCAAACGAUCUUGCAGCGGGUAUGGAAGACAAGGUCCAGCUGGUCACCUACGCUAUUGGCGUGACGCGUAUUCCUGAGGAUGUCAACAAUCCCGAGACUCGUGGUUGGAGAUUAAUUGAGCUCCAGAAGAGCGGAAGAGACUACAUAUAA